GCGCGAAAGGGCCGCGGGGAGGCGGAAGCGCGCGCGGGGCCGCGGCCCGAAGAUGGCGGCGAAAACACAGGGCGGGAUCCGGCUGAGCGCGCUGUGCCCAAAGUUCUUGCACACCAACUCCACCAGUCACACCUGGCCCUUCAGUGCAAUUGCAGAACUCAUAGAUAAUGCCUACGAUCCGGACGUGAGCGCCAAGCAGAUCUGGAUCGACAAAACCGUCAUCAACGACAACAUCUGCCUGACAUUCACCGAUAACGGGAAUGGGAUGAACUCAGAGAAGCUGCACAAAAUGCUCAGCUUCGGCUUCAGCGACAAGUCGGUGAUGAACGGCCGCGUCCCGGUGGGGCUGUACGGGAACGGCUUCAAGUCGGGAUCCAUGCGCCUGGGCAAGGACGCCAUCGUCUUCACCAAGAACGGGGACACCAUGAGCGUGGGCAUGCUGUCCCAGACUUUCCUGGAAGUCACCAACGCAGAGCAUGUCAUGGUUCCCAUCGUGACGUUCACCAACCAACGGCAGAUCAGUGAUCUGGCAGAAUCCAGGAACAGCCUCAAAGCCAUCCUGACACAUUCCUUGUUCUCUACUGAGGAGAAAUUACUGGCUGAGCUGGAUGCCAUCAUGGGGAAAAAAGGCACCAGGAUUAUCAUUUGGAAUCUCAGAAAAGAUAAAAACAACAGACCAGAAUUUGACUUUGACAAGGAUAAAUACGACAUCAGAAUUCCAGAAGACUUGGAUGAAACAGGCAAGAGAGGCUACAAAAAACAGGAGAGACUGGACCAGAUUGUUCCAGAAAGCGAUUAUUCCCUCAGAGCUUACUGCAGUAUUUUGUACCUGAAGCCAACCAUGCAGAUCAUCCUGAGAGGACAGAAAGUGAAAACACAGCUGGUUUCCAAAAGUUUGGCCUUCAUCGAGAAGGAUAUUUACAGACCCAAAUUUCUCAGUGCCAAAACAGUCAGAAUUACUUUUGGAUUUAACUGCAGGAACAAAGACCAUUAUGGAAUAAUGAUGUACCACAAAAACAGGCUCAUCAAAGCUUAUGAAAGAGUUGGCUGUCAGUUAAAGGCAAACAACAUGGGUGUGGGUGUUGUUGGGAUUAUUGAAUGCAACUUCCUAAAACCAACUCACAACAAGCAAGAUUUCGACUACACCAAUGAAUACAGGCUCACGAUAGCAGCACUGGGAGAGAAGCUCAACGAUUACUGGAACGAGAUGAAAACCAAGAAAAACGAGGAAUAUCCCUUAGCUCUGCCCGUCGAGGAGAUCCAGAAACAGCCUGACCAGACGUGGGUGCAGUGUGACGCGUGCCUCAAGUGGCGGAAGCUCCCGGACGGAAUCGAUCACCUGCCGGAGAAGUGGUACUGCUCCCUCAACCCUGACCCACAAUUCCGGAAUUGUAACGUGCCAGAAGAACCGGAGGAUGACGAUUUGAUACAUCCCACGUACGAGAAAACCUACAAGAAAAAGGACAGGGAAAAACUGAAGAGGCGACUGGAGUACAGCCCCCAGAUCAAUAAUGAAAUACUUUUAAAAACAUCUGUUUCUUCAAGCAAAGACUUCAAAGCGUUCUCAGCUCCGAAUACAAAGGAAGCUCUUCCAAGGUUAAUUAUACCAAAAUCAUCAGAUGCUUCUGUUAGGAGAUCUCUGCCCAUUUUAAUUCAAGUCUCUUCCCCUCACGUGGAUGCUGAUAGCAGCCUCAAAAGGAGGACGCAGAGCUGUGUGACGCCCGUGUCCCUAAAGACGCCUCGGCUCAGCGACAAAACAUUCAACAGCCACGAGGAGGAUGACGAUGAUGAAGAUGUCAUCAUCUUGGAGGAGAGCAGCACUCCGAAGCCUUCAGCAGAUGCCGACGUUGCGGCGGUAAAAGCGGAAUGCAUCAAUCUGGAUCAGGACGAGAAGCAGAAGGAGAACUCCGCCGUGGGGGAACCUUGCAGCGCAAGCACUUCGGAACCGAGGAACGAGCAGCUGAGCUCAGCAACGCAGACAGAGCUCCCGCAGCUGGUGGUGAAAAAGGAAGAGGUGGAGGACAUCCCAGUCCAGAUUCCUGGGGCAGCGAUGGAAAAGGAACAGCAAAAGGUCAAUGGCGUUCCUGAGACGUCCGCGGAGGUGGAAAAUGAACUGAAAAAUCAGCUGCAGUUGUUGAACAGAGAAAAAGAAAUGUACCAAAGCAAAUGUGAAGCGUUAAGCAAACAGGUGGAAACGCUGGAACAGCAGCUCUUGGAGAUGAAUAAUAAAUAUGUAAAAAAGGAAAUGUGCCAUCAGGCAACAGAGACAGUCCCCUCCUUUGGAGAGGAACACGCUGACGGGAGGAGCUUGGCGGAGGUGACGGCUCUCUAUGAGCAGGCCCUGGGGGAAAUAGCAACGCUCAAGGAGCAGUGCAGCACCCUGCAGAACCUAAAGACUGAGUGCAGCAGAUGUGCUGAUGGCGAGAGCAAGAGCGAGGUGGAGGAGAUGGCAGUGCAGCUGGAUGACGUUUUCAGGCAGCUGGACAAGUGCACCAUUGAGAGAGACAGGUACAAAAGCGAGAUUGAGGUCCUAGAAGCGGAGAAGAAUCAAAUGGCCUGUCAGUGUGAGGAGCUCAAGGCAGAGCUGGCUCAGUUAAAAGCUUCGAUCCCACAGGCUGUAGCACGUGCAAACGAUUCUACCACCAGUAAUGUAGAAGACUCUGUAAAUUUUUCUGAUGGAGAAAGCCUGAAGCUCCGCUCCCUCCGGGUGAACGUGGGACAGCUCCUGGCCACCAUCAUGCCCGACCUGGACCUGCAGCAGGUGAAUUACGACAUCGACGUGGUGGAUGAGAUCUUAGGGCAGGUGGUGGAACAAAUGCAUGAAAUCAGCAGCACUUAAAAUCUCGAUGUUUUUAGCAGGGUUUUAUUGCUCUUCCAUGAUAAACCUGUAGGUUCCAGACUGUAAAUAGGGCUGCUUCACUUUAUAUAUUUGACAUAGGUGGAUCUCUCAGUGUAAAUAUUCCACAUUUGGCUGUUCACUUCCUCCUCAAGGAACACUGUCAAUAGUGACCCCCACCCUGAUGGACUUAAUUAAGGAUUUUGCUUUGGAAAUGUAUUUGUAAGUAAAUUUGCAGAUAUUUUUACUAUUAGGAAUCUUAAUACUUUUCUACAGACACCUUUUGGUUGACUUUGGAUCUUAUAUAAGCAUUAAUACCUGUGAGUAUUUCCUCUUCGAAAGUAGUGGAAUAUCUUAGAAAUGCAAAGAAAAAAAAAAACCCAACCCAGAAUUUCCUUGAUUUCCUUCCCAGAGUUGUUGUAUCCCACGGUGUUGUUCCAUUGCUCCCAGCAGUGUUCUGUGUUGCAUUCAUGGGAUAGAAAUGUAAGUAGUAGGUGAGAAUUUGGGCCAUAUUUGGGGAAUAUUUGUGUGGUACUACCAAAAGAAGGUUUCUUUAAGGGUUUUAUCCUGAAAACUGGGGAUGGACCAGUUGGAUGGGAGCACUUGAAAAGAGGGAUGUUUCUUUAUCCAUGGUGUAAACUACAGGGUGAGCUAGAGCUGAAAAUGUUCAGCUUCAACAGCUUUAGACAGUUUUUAGUAUAGGCAAGAAAAAGGAAUUCCUCUUUUUCACAUCUCCCCUUUUAGAGUUGUGUCACCCUGGUUUUUCUGAGUUUUUUAAAGCCUUUUGAUUGUUCAUAAAACGGAGUCAGACUUUUAGCUACUGCACAAUUUUAGGAGCAGUUUCUGCUCUUUCUCACACAUGUAACACAAACAAAUCCUUUAUUUUUCAUUCUCUGUCCUUUGUUUGCAUAUUCCUAACCUGAAAACAAUUGUAACUGACAGCUGGUCUGGCCAUUCGGCUGAGGGGUGAAAACUCCAGAAGCCAACCCACAGCCAGACCCACAAACGUAUAAAAAGUAAGAUAUAAACAGGCAGAGGGGCGCUGGGCUUGGCUCAGCCUUGGGCUCACUCGGAGGAACUCUCUGCCCUGCAAAUCUCUCGUCUCCAUGUGAUUGCUUUGCAUGUCCCAAUCACAGAGUUGUGUGCUCUAAAUCUUCCCAGUUUUCCAUGGCCAUGGAAAAGCUGGGAGCAACGGUACCAAGAGAAAUUCCCAGCCAGCUGCAGGGAUUUCUUUCCAAGUCAUUGGGAAUGACAAACUGGGUGGCAAAGACAGCAGAUCCAUCUUUUCCUCUGUGGUGGGAUUGGUCACCCAAAGAGCUAUCCAGAAAAAUGAGUCUUGCUUUAAGAUAUAAAAAAUAAAUUUUAAAAAAAUCGUUUAAUUAGUGUUCAGUAUGUUAAUUCAUAGGAAGUAUCUAUUUUUAUUUUAUUUUUUUUUUUUAAUAAAGCCAAUAUUGUUGGCUUUUGCACUGCUACUGUCCUGAGUUAAUCCCUUGGUGUCCCUUUUAGUUCAGUGGAAUCCUUUCCAUGGACAGUAUUUCUAUGGAAGAUCUCUCUCUAUGCCAAUAAUAGGAAUGCACUACUGUUGUACUUUAUAAAGCAGAAAUUGAAUGUUUGAUUUGGGAAGAGGUGGCUGUAAUAUAACUACGUAUGACUUUUGCAAAGUUUAUAUUUCCCACUUCUCGGUGUGUAGCUUUUCCAUUUCUUAAUCAUUAUUUAUUGCAUCAGACCGUAGCUGAAUUUCUUGUAGACAACUGGCAAAAUAGAGCACGUCUAUGAAUUUCUUGUAGACAGCUGGCAAAAAUAGAGCACAUGUCUAUAUUAAAAAUGGUAAAUUUACAAUGUACAUUUACACUUUGGACAACGGUGGACUUACGGAAAUGGUUUCUAUUUACUUGUUAAAAUGUAUUUUU